CUUCAUUCUUGAUUCGAGCUCAAUCGAUUCUUCGAUUGAGUCGUUUGCUGCGUUACUUUGAUAACAUACACCCCCCAGGGGCGUAUUAAGUGGUAUCAGAGCCCGGUUCUAUACAAGGGCGAAGGAGAAGAAGAAAUCGACUGUUUUGGUACAAGCAAAAUUCGGUUCAAAACAGAGCAGCCCCUGUUCGUCUUUCAUAGCUGCUAUUUUGUAAUUGAAUGUCGAUUGAAAAUUCAGUAGGAGUAAGGGAGAUGGAAGAAGGCAAAAGAGAGGCUACGAAUCCAGAAACGAUAAAAGGUUCAUCAUUGGAGACUAACCAAUCUGAUUUCGAAGAAUUGAAGGGCAGAAAAACACCCCUGUUUUUGACGAAAAACGAGGACAAGGACCCUCUAUUGAGUCGAGCAAUCCAGCUCGAUUCGACCCAAUUCAGUGCUACAGAAACAUCAAGGGAGAUCCUAGGAAUGUGUCGAAGCAAUCAAUUCAUCUCGAAGAAGCAUCAAUCAAAAACGCCCAAAUUGAAAAUUUUUGGCCGAAAGUUUGAAGAAGAAAAGAAAGCUUCGAUUGGAGAUAUGGGGAGUGAUUCGAACCCAUUUGAAGUCGUGGACGAGCUUUUGGAGGUCCAAGGAAGGUAUAAGAGUCAUCAAUUGGACGAGAAGAUGGCGAAAUUAAAAACGCCCAAUUCGAGUUUUGGCUCGCCGGAAACUGGGUUUCCUUCGCCGGAAUCUGGAUUUUGGUUGCCGGAUUCUGGAAAUUUCGAAUUUCCCAACGGCGGGAAAAUCUCCAAUCCAAAAUUGCAACGAUUGGAGCUGAUUCGAAGGUCGGGAAUGGUUUUUUUCGUGUCCUGGGAUCCUGGCAAGUCGAUCGUGUGCAAUGAAUUAGAUCGUGGUAGCCGAGAAGCGAAAUCCCCAAAUGUGGAGCACUCGCCGGAGUUCUUGCCGGCGCUGGAAACUGAAAUUUUGGGAGGACGAGUUCUGGGUUCGAUUUUGCAAAAUUUUUGCGUGGGGAAGGUCCAUUGGAGACCCACGAAUGUGAUGAGACUCAAAUCGUGGCAAACAUGAGGAACAUCGCGAGUUGACGAAGCUUUAAUGUUUGACUUGCCGUGUUCAGAGUAUCACUUUUGUGACCCGAUUUGGGAGGCUUUCAUUGACGAUUUUGGUUGCGGGUCCAGACAAGCUUUGAGGACAAAGCUUUUUGAAGAGGGGGAGCCUGAUAUGAUCCCAAUUGUAUCAAUCCACAAUUCAAAAUUGCUUUCCAAAGAAGUCAUCUCAACUCACUUGAAGAAUUCUGAUUUUUGGCCAAGUGUUGAAACAGUUUCAGGUAGCCUACUUUGGACGCUUGUAUCUCACAAAUGGCUCAAUCAAAAUUGGCGAUCAAG